AUGCUCUUCCAGAAGCUCGCCAUUGUUUCGGCUCUUGCCGCCCUCGUUGCCGCUCAGGACAUCGGUCAAGACGACAUCCCCAGGGAGUGCACAGCCAUCUGUGCUCCAGUAGUCACACUUGCCAGAGACUGCGACAACAGAAACGAGAACGACCCUGCUGAACUCGACUGCGUCUGCAGAGCACCCGGCGCAAACACAAUGAUCCCUGCCUGCGAUGCCUGCGUCGCCCAAUUCCAGCGUCCUGACGUUGACGACGACAACGACGACAUUGUCCCCGACGUCAAUGAUGUUCGUGAGGUCCUCUCCCGCUGCAGCUUCACAACUGCUUCCUUCAAUCCCGCUGCCACUGCCAGCUCCAUUAUGCAGUCAAUCGGCGGUAACAUGUCUGCUCCCACUCCAACUGGCGGCGCUGUCGUUACCACUACCUCUGGUGGUGUCGUCAUGACCACUACCCUCGCCAGUGCUGCAACCAGUGCUCCCCCUCAGCAAACUACCAACGCUGCUUCUGGUCUCCAGGCUGGUGCUGCUCUUGGACUCGGUGCUCUGGGUUUCGCUCUUGGAAUGUUGUAA